GAGAGAGAGAGUGAGUGAGAGUGAGACAGCAGCAUCUAGUCUGUAUCCAGUAACAGCUGGUGUAGGGGCGUAAUGACCUUUUGUCUCCCGGCGGUCAGGUACGGAGAGUGGGGCGGGGAUUCAAAAGGAGCCGCUUCAUAUCGGACUGGUCCCGGCGUCCCGGACAACAAAUGGCCGUGAACCGACAGAGAGGGAGAGUGUGAUCCAGGUUUCCUUUUCUCUCAGUGCGAGCGCAGUGUUAAGAGCUGCCUCCAUGCUCACAUAGUAGGUUAGAGAGGGCAAGAAGCGCUCUUUAUCCCCACACUCAGUACAUUUCAUCCGUCUGGCAGGAGAAUGGGAGAGUCCUGUUGACACCACGGAGAGAUACACGCUGAGACCGACUAUGGCUGUGGACGCGGCGUCCAGCUUCAGUUUUUGCCGUGCCUCCUUGGAGCACACAGUGUCUGCUGAGGAGCUAAGCUACCAGCUGCCACGACGCGCCGGAGGCAGCAACCUGACCUGGCACGACGGCCGCGGCCAGAAGACAGCACACACACGCACCGUCAAGCUCCUGCAGCAGCCCGGCACAGAGGGCAUCCAGUUGCGUCCAGGAGAAGCCUUCACUGUGUAUCACACCAGUCCUACGCUGUCCAGUCUGUCCAAACCUGUGGUGCUGUGGACUCAGCAGGACGUCUGCAAGUGGCUUAAGAAACACUGUCCUCACAACUACCUAACCUAUGUAGAGGCCUUCUCUCAUCACGCCAUCACAGGACGGGCUUUGCUGCGUUUGAAUGGGGAGAAGCUAGAGAGGAUGGGAAUCGUCCAGGAGACGCUGAGGCAGGAGGUCCUCCAACAAGUCCUCCAGCUGCAGGUCAGAGAAGAGGUCCGCAAUCUGCAGCUCCUUAGCAGAACCUCCUUUGGAAACUUCUCUUAGCUCAUCCCUGGAUCCGUUUGGCAGCCCUUUCCCUCAUCCCCCGUCACAAUACGUCUCUAGGAGCCAUGGAAGAGCUGCUGUCUUCAGAUAUGUGAGCGGAGAAUCAAUGAGUGAAAGGGGAGAGGACAAGCAUAUAGACGACAUGCCAACCAGUCUGGAGGAUUCUCAUUCAACACGGCCAAUGUGGUUUACAGACACUGACACAGAGACAAAAGCCCCACUCAAGGCAGGGAUACCCACUGUAACAUAGUGAUAAGAUGUAAGAUUCACAGCCCUAGUGAUGAUGUAGGCCUGUCACUGGUAUAUGCUUGAUCACGGCAAAUCUCCUUUUUGGUUUCCUGCCUCAUUCGGACUUGGACUGAUCGGGCAGUUUCAUCACAAGAUUGGUGAACACACACACACACACAAACACACACACAUACAAACACACAGGUUUAUUUUUUGACUCAAGCUUCACAUGUGCACAAACAGGAUUCACAGCUUUUUCCUCUCUCAUCAUGAAUAAUUCCUCGGUACGGUUUUGAAAUCACCUCAAUGUCUGAAGCCAGUGUUGCUGAAACAUGUAGAUGAGUGCUUGAAUUAUGGCGUAAAAACACAGAUUUACACGCAGCGCCACCAUUCAGCCGCUGGAUCUGAAGUCGAUCUCCGCCUCCCUUUGAAGCUACAACGCUGAGCCUGUUCAGAGGGAAUGAGAGCCGCUCUUAAAUGCAUUCGAGUGAUGCCAAUAUAAUCAAUUCCUCAGCGGCAGGUCACAGUGCAUUUUCUUCUCAGGACUUUUGAGUUUUGGAGUUGUACGUUUGGAGGAUCAACAGUAACACUUAAAGCUGAAUGUCAUUCCCACAAGAAAUUUUUUUGUAUUGCGACUGAUCUGCAGUAUGUCAGUGAGAAAUUUAGAAAUAUAUAUAUAUAUAUACUCUGUUGCCCAUAAAGUUGGAAUGAUUUUUGUUUUCAGACACAAUCCUCUGUUUAUCCUAUUUAAAUGCAUCAGUAAUCACUGGUGCAAUGAUUACAUUAUGUGUCCCAAUUACCCAGGUGAAAUGAAAUAAAUCACAUUGUCACAAUCAUUUCCUGGAAAGAGGUAAAAAAUAUUUUAUUCCAACUUUAUGAGCAACUGUGUAUAUAUACAUAUAUACAGUAUGAGCAUUGUAGAAUAACAUACAAUUUAAUCUGUAUAUAUUGUAACAGUACCAUAGUCUGUUAUUAAUGAAGAGGACAGAGUUAAUGUGAUAAUCACUGACUGUCUCUGCUUGAUAAAGCAAUAACUUAAAGCCUAAUAGCUGAAAAGGAAUGGCACAGUGUGGGAUAAAUAUUAAGCAAACUUUUUUCUUUUUUUGUUUUUUUACAGAGUUGAGAUGCACAGUGUCAGUGUCUGCUGAGGGAAAUUUACCUUUUCUUCGUGUUACAGUGGUAGCAUUGGCCAACCUCAUAGCUUCUGUCCUUUGUGUGUGCUAUACUGUAUACUGUAUGUCAUCUCUCACACACAGAUAUAAGGAGAAGGGACAGGCCUCUGUUGUUGUAUUCUACCCAGUUUCCGUCCCCUGAUGUGACACUGUGAUUUCAAAUGCUCGGAAAUCAAGACACUCUGACAGCUAUACCCAGAGGCAAGAUUCCCCACCGUGACUGAAUCCAGCACCUUUGAUGUCACUCGUGACAGCUAUGUAUGAUGAUGGUGUUUAAGUCACAUGAAUAAAUAAAUACGUACAUACACAAAUAAACUUCCAACAAACAAAACUUCCCCUUCCAACAUCCUGUCAUCUGUCCUUGGCAAAGGAAUCUUUGGGUAACGUAAGUAACUGACUGUUAAAGUGGCUAAAACACAACAUGUAUUAUUUUUUUGGAUUACCCGAUGUACUGUAAAUAUAGACACUUUUGGUUUACUUGAUGAUUGAUGAGGUGUUUGAAAUGCAAACAGACGGAAAAUGAAAAAUAUUUAUUUGCUUUACAGAUAUGAAGAAACAUGGUGUGGAACAUGAUGAAAGCUGUCUUUUUAGAAUAAACUAAUUGAGAUGAAACAUCG